UUGAAAGAUUCAAACCUGAAGAAGCCAAUGCUGAAGCGAAGCAAGCUCUCUCCUUCAACAUUUUGAAUUCAUCGCAAAGAAGCUCUCUCUCUCUCUCUCUCUCUCUAUCUCUCGUUGUCGCAGAAUCAUUUCUUCUCCGUUGUAGAAUAUGGGGAACUCUUUUCGCAAAGAACCACCGCCUCCGGUGGUGCUUGUCCCUCCGCUUUUUGAUUACCCUCCUCUCUCCGCCCGUACUAGGAUGUUGGAAUCUUCAUAUAAUUUGUUGUUUGGGAAGCUUGCGUUGAAAUGUCUCUUUGAGGAUUACUUUGAAGAAGCUAAUAAUUUCACAGCGAAGUUUUUGUUGAAGCCUAUUGAUGACCCUCAUGUGGACUUGGUUGCAUCUGUUUCGGGUGCAGUAGAUGGUAGAAGGGAAGGAGAUUUUGUUGGAAAUGCGGAGUUUCGCUGGCAAAGUGAUGUUGAUGAUCCCCAUACUUUUGUGGACCUCUCUGUGUCAACUUCAAAUCCGGUUCUACUGAUGAGGUCUUCUGCUUACUACCCUAAAUAUGGGAUUGGGGCAUUUGCGGUCUACCCUUUGAUUGCAAAACAGAAUGAAAACAUAUCUGAAGCAUAUAGAAUCAUGGGUUUGAGAUAUGGCUCACCGAAUUUGUCUCUUGGAGCGACUGUCACUCCUUUCUCUGAGAACGAAUUGCCGAAACAUGCAUGGCUUGUAAGCAAGAUGGGAAGUUUUACAGUAGGAGUGCAGUAUGAGCCGCUACAUGGAAGCGAAGAUAUGGCAAAGUACACAGACCCAAGAAACUGGAGUUGUGCUGCUGGCUAUGCAGUAGGGUCAACAAGCCCGUUGAGCCCGUCGUUUAACAUCGGCAUUGAACUAGCAAGAAGCUCUCAGUUUAUCGCUUCAUUCUACCAACACAUAGUGGUCCAAAGACGGGUGAAAAAUCCCUUUGAAGAAAACCAAGUAGUUGGUAUCACAAACUACAUUGAUUUAGGUUUCGAGCUACAAUCAAGGGUUGAUGAUUCCAAGAAACCAGACAAUACCGGAGAUUCUUUAUUGCAGAUGGCUGCGUCUUGGCAAGCCAAUAAAAACUUCUUGCUGAAGGGUAAAAUGGGAGCUCGAAGCUCAACACUCUCAUUAGCAUUCAAGUCGUGGUGGAAACCAUCUUUCGCAUUCAAUAUUUCAGCAACGACUAAUCAUCGGACUGGUAACGUCGAAUGUGGGUUUGGUAUCCGUGUUGAUAACAUAAGAGAAGCCAGUUACCAGAGAGCCGAUCCAAACUUUGUAAUGCUGACACCGAACAAAGAACAUUUAGCUGAAGGGAUUGUUUGGAAAAUGGGGAAGAGGCCAAUGUAUCAAUCUGAUGUGGACUCACAGAACUUCAAUGAAGUGCCAAAAGAGCUUAGACCGUCCCAGAAGAUUCUCUAAACUUUUUAACCUUUAUAUUUGUUUUGCAGUUUUAUCUACUAGAGAUAUAUACUCGACCAAGUCAGGUUUCUAAUAAGUUGGAGUUAAGAGCUAAUCUAUAGAAAUAGGAAUAUCCAUUAUUUACUCGUAGGAUACAAGUUUAAAUUUUCUAUUGUUCAAAAUUAAGGGGCAAUUGGAUUCUUAAAAGUUUUAUGAGAAGCAAAAUCAUAUAAAAUCUUUUCUGAGUUGGUUC